AGAUGAAAUUGGAUUAAUACCCUGCCCUGAAGCCAGGUAUAACCGAAGCCCUAUUGUCCUGGUAGAAAACAAGCUUGGUGUGGAGAGCUGGUGUGUCAAGUUUCUUUUGCCAUAUGUCCACAAUAAACUUCUUCUCUACAGACAAAGAAAACAAUGGCUGAACAAAGAUGAGCUGAUAGAUACCACGUGCACUCUGCUGCUUCUGAACCCCGACUUCACCACUGCUUGGAACGUGAGGAAAGAAUUAAUACUGUCUGGCACUUUAAAUCCGCUUAAAGAUUUGCAUCUUGGAAAACUGGCGUUAACCAAGUUUCCAAAGAGUCCAGAAACAUGGAUUCAUAGACGGUGGGUACUGCAACAGCUAAUUCAGGAAAACUCCUUGCCCAGUCUCCUGACUAAAGGAAACUUGGGAGCAGCACCUGUGGAGAGAAUUCACCGGCUAGUGCAGGAGGAAAUGAAUGUCUGCUCUGAAGCUGCUGGGAGGUACCCAAGCAACUACAAUGCCUGGUCCCAUCGCAUCUGGGUUCUACAGCAUUUGGGAAAGCUGACUGUCAAGGUUCUGCUUGAUGAACUUGCAUCCACUAAAUAUUGGGUGUCCAUGCAUGUCUCAGACCAUAGUGGGUUUCAUUACCGCCAGUUCUUACUCAAGUCCUUGAUAGGCAGAACAGUGACUGACAAUAAUGUACUGGUACAAAAUCAAAGGGUAAAUGAACAAAACCCUAGCCUUCAAAAGGAGGAAGAGAGCGCAGGGGCAGAAGCUGCCUGUGGCAAGGAGCAGAGUGUGGAUCUCCCCCACUGUUUAGAGGAAGAGUUGGAGCUCUGCACUGAACUGAUUGAUACUUACCCAGGGCAUGAGACCUUGUGGUGUCAUAGAAGGCGUGUGUUCUACCUUCAGCACCACCUGAGCAGCAAGCUUCCGAGCACAGCGGUGUCACCUGCGGAGAGCAGCGAUGACACUCUGAGCAAUUCCCACCACAGCCCUACUGCAGGUCCUGUGGCACAAGCGAUGGAUGUGGAUGGUUUGGGUGAAUCCAGCGGCAAGCAGGGUUAUUCGCAGGAAACGAAGCGCCUGAAGCGCGCCCCUGUGCAGGACUCCCUCGAUCCAGAGGUGGAGUACCGCUUCAUCGAUAGAGUGUUAUCCACCUGCAGGGAUUCAGACCAAGCCAGGUUUGCUACUGCUUACAGGAAAUGGCUAGUGACUUUUUUAGGUCAGUGA